UCGUUCCUGGUACAACAUAUCGCUUCCUAUUCAUCUUACUUAUUGAUACAAUUCACGUCGUAAAGUGAAGGAUAAUAAUGGAUGCAAUGAAAACUGCUGCUGGUCUUACGACCGASAAGAUAAAAUAUUACAUUGUAAAAAUGGAAGAAGAACUUAGACGUGUAGUGGACUUCUGGAUGAAGCAUUCUCAUGACGAAAUUAACGGAGGUUUCUUCWCUUGUCUUGGUCAAGAUGGUCAGCUUUACGAUACUGAUAAGUAUGGAUGGAUGGUGGGAAGACAGGUGUGGACAUAUUGUAAAUUAUACAACGAAAGUGUUGAAUACAAGAAAGAAGACAUACUUAAGGCUGCCAAGGCAGGUGGAGAUUUUUUGAUGAAGUAUUUUUUAAGAAAAGAGGAUUAUCGCUGCUAUUUUCAAGUUACUGCUGAUGGCAAACCAAUCAAACUGCAACGAAAACUGUUCACUGAAUGUUUCUAUGCUAUGGCAAUGGCAGAACUGGGAAGGGCUACUGGAAUCGAGAAGUAUAAGGAGGAAGCAAAGGUAAUGCUGUCUAAGAUCAUUUUCUGGGCUCGAGAAGACGAUACCGAGCUGGAGGUACCAAAGCUUGCAGGACGUGUURCUGUGAACAGUAUGAGCGURCCUAUGAUGGUUCUAUGUGUGAUAGACGAGGUCUGUGGUCAUGACAACGAUACAAGAMAGCACUAYAUGACCGAGGARAACUGGGCAGUAGAUCAGAUAUUGCAACACAUUCAACGAAACAACUCAGUCAUCUUAGAAACGGUAUCGAUCGAUGGCCAAGAGCUUUCURGAUUUACUGGUCGAUUGAUGAACCCAGGUCAUGCUAUAGAAGCUGGAUGGUUCCUACUAAAACUAGCMAUAAGAAGAUCGAACCAAGAACUAAAACACACGGCCAUUGAAAKGUUUAUUAAAUGUCCCUUUGACCUUGGCUGGGACAAGGAAUACGGUGGUAUAUUUUACUUUUUAGAUGCCGAUGGAUUAUCUCCUGUGCCAUUAGAAUGGGACAUGAAACUGUUCUGGGUACAUAACGAGGCUAUGAUAGCUUUAUURAUGGCCUACGAACAGACGGAAGACACUAUGCUCYUACAAAGGUUCGACCAGUGUUUUGAGUACAGUUUUAGUAAGUUCCCAGAUCCCAAGCAUGGUGAAUGGUUUGGUUAUCUCAACAGGCGUGGAGAGGUUACUCAUUCAUUUAAAGGCGGACCGUAUAAAGGUGGUUUUCACCUUAUAAGAUGCCUACAUACAUGUAUUCAAAUACUCAAAAGGCUUGACAAUGAGGAAUUGAAAAGCGUUGUUUAGGUCAAAUGGAGAAAGAAAAUAUCAAAUUUGUAAUAAUAUGGAUAGGUGUGGGYAUCCAGAACAUUACAAACUUGAGGUAACGAACUCAAGAAAAAAUAAUGAAUAGAUAGAAAAUAAGAUUUCUUUCUGAUGAACGAUGCCUUUUGGUUGUCUUUGUUAAUGUGUCAAGAAUAUAUAUCCAUUCUAGAAUUUAGACAUAUGUAAACAUUUAUAUUAUUCCCUCCCCUAGAUACCCUAAAGAUUUAAUAAUGUAAAACAUAUAUAAUACUUAUACUCGAUCCCAUAGAGUGCUUUUAGUAAAAGCGUGAAACACUAAUUACUAAAUUGUACAAGAUUGUGCUAGUUGAACACAAGCAAACAAAAGAAUUAGCAUAAAAUAGUAAAAAACAGUAUUUAUGUUUUUUUUACACUUUUAGAGUGAAGCCAUUAAACGCGUGAAACAAACCUUGACUAUUAAAGUAUGAUAGUCAAAUACACACAAAAGAAAAUAAUGGAAUAAAUGUAAUACCUAUUUCACGGGUUUUUACUAGUUCUCUGUACUGAAAGCACUCUAACAUCUCUGAAUACAAUAAAUAUCUUUACAAUAUGUGCAUUGUCUCAUUGCUGUAAUAAUUACAUAAAUUCAUUUAAUACAAUUAUCCCGUUUAAAAAUAAAUUCGCUAAACCUUA